ACCACUUUUUCUCAAACAAAAGCAUACAUUUCACUUCUCAUAUAUUUCUUCUACUUAACAACUUACUUUACUCACAGCAGAUUCAUAUUCUUUUUCAAAAAUCUAGUAACUCUAUUGAAAUUGCAAGAGUAAUGGAGAUUGAGGGAAGUAUAUUGAUAAAGGUGGGUCUCUUUGCCUUGGUUCAAGCUUUGGUUUAUUUGAUUCUGUCAAUAUCUUCAAAUAUAUUUUCCAAAACACAAAGAUCAUACAGCUUUAAAACGAUUCGUUCUUUAAGCAUUCGCCGGAUCGCCGCCGCCCUCGCCGACUUACCUGCCGGCGGUGAACCAUCGGAUUCUUUCAAGGACUUGACUUCUUCUAAGUCUUUCAAGUUAUUCCAAGACAACUAGUACUACUCUUCAAAGGUCUCAAAGAUGAUGGCCUGGAUAUAUAAUAUAGCUUAUUAAUCUUUUUAGCUUCUUUCUAGCUCUAAUUAUGAGCUUUUUUAUUUAUUCUUUGAUUUCUUGUUGGAAAGUUAAGUUAGAUUAUAUUGCUUGGUUUCUUACUGUUGGCUAAAUUCAAUUAAUUUGUCCCAAAAUUGUGAAUAA